CGUAGGAGGGGAACUCGCACACUCUUAUACACGUAUUGCAGCACGGAGAUGAAACCGAAAAUAUGGCGGCAUCUUCAUUGCUCGAAAAGAUCGGAGAUUUUUUAGAGUGUCAGAUAUGUUUGGACAGCUUCAGACGACCAAAGGUGUUGCAAUGUCUACACACAUUUUGUCAAGAUUGUCUGCUUCGUAUGGCGCCUACUGUACAAGACACAGUGGUAUGCCCAACGUGUCGCGAGCAGACACCAUUGCAUGGAGAGGGUGUGGCAGACUUGAAGAAUAAUUUCGUGCUUUCUAAUCUGUUGGAUCUUGUCACCUCGAUUCAGAAACCACUUGAAGACCUGCCAUGUGGAGCACCCAAUGGGACUACGUACACCUGUUCAAACUGCGAGGACAACUCGCCCGCAUCUUCACGCUGUCUCAACUGCUGUGAAUUUCUUUGUGAAGAUUGCGUGAAGGCCCAUCGACGAAUUCGAGCUCUUCGUCACCAUGUGAUGCGAGAUAUUGAGGCAUGGUUAGCAGCUGGACAGUGCAUCCGUAGUCCAGGGGAUGGUGAAGAAAAUACCAAUCUUGUCUACUAUUGUCCAGAGCACGAUGAUCGUGUGGUAGCAGUGUUCUGUGAAGCUUGUGAGUUGGCGAUAUGUAGUGAAUGUGGUCAAACCGACCACGCUCGACCUCCACAUCGUGUCGUGACCCUUGUCUUGGCAGCUGAUCGAGAACGAGAUCAAAUUCGACUCAUCCUGGCUGAUUGCAAGCGCAAACUUGGCGUCUUCUCAACAGCCAUCGAGUGCACUGUCCAGAUCGCCAAAGACCUUCAGAGAAGAUCUGAUCGAGCUCAGAAGGAUAUACAGAGACGAGCACGAGAGUUCCUUACCACCAUACAGACUGAACAGGCCCGUCUUAUUAACACCCUUCACAAGACCAAGGAGGAUAAGGAGAGCGAAAUGGCGGCCCACAUCGACGGUCUCCAGCGUACUGUGGAUAUAUUACGUAACAUGAUCUCCAUGGCAGAAGGUGCCAUAACCUCUGACAGCAGCACGGCAACGGUGUUCUCUGCUAAAUCACAACUAACAACCCGUCGGCAUGAGCUUGAAAACAUUACAAUUCUAAGCGUUCCUGCUGAUCUCAGCUCUCUUAAAUUUGAAUUGAAUAAUGAAGGCAGUUUUCAGGGGGACUUCCUAGGAAGUUUAUGGAAAAUCUAUUCAAGUUCACCAGAGGAUGAAGUUUCAAAUCACAUUUACAGCACUCGCAAGAACACUGUGACACCAAUCCUUACAAGUUAG